AACAUAAACUCCAUCUGACGAGUAAAUAAAUAUUUUUUUUAUUCAAUUGUUCUCUUUGGAGCAGAAACAGUUCAAUCGAUUCUUCCAUAACCACAAGUGCCCAUUUUUUGAGGACACGAUAUAAAUUCAUCCAAAGCUGCACCAUCCAUGUCCAAGAAGACUGACAAAGUAGAUGUACCUGUGGUAGAUCCCACUAGAUCCUUAAUCCAGUUAUCGUCCUCCGAGGAAACCGAUACUGAAACUGGAAAUUUGACUUUCAUGCACAAUCACUUCGGCAGUGACAGAAGGCUCGGUGAUGGCGACAACGACCCCAACACACUGAAGAGACGUGUCCCAGGAUUAUCUGUCAUGGAGAAGAGAGGAAGCACUGAACUCCUGGGGAAUGAGCAUUCGACAAAAAAUGCCAGCUCCGAUUCAAUCAAUUCCGAGAGCAAGAGCUCGUCACUUAAUUCCAAAAUGGGACAAGAAUCGGAGUGCUGGGAGAAAGCUUCAAACUCCAAAAGCUUCUCCACCAGCUCAACGUCCACCGACAAUAAUAUCGUAUCUGCCCUCGAAGCAAAGAAAGAUUUUAAUGGAAAAAUCAGUCCGAAUUUAUCAGGAACCGACGCAGGUCCUCCUCUUCUCAAUGGCGAGCGUCGACAGGGAGUAGCUCGUGAUGUCACCUACUUAUGCCCAUACUCUGGACCAGCACGUGGUGUUCUCAGUGUUACUAAUUUUAAACUCCACUUUCGCAGCAUCGACAGAGAGACUUCGUACGUAAUUGAAGUGCCUCUGGGUGUUGUCAGUAGAAUUGAAAAAGUGGGUGGUGCCACGAGCCGAGGGGAGAACUCCUAUGGUAUCGAGGUAUUCUGCAAGGACAUGAGAAAUCUUCGGUUCGCUCACAAGCAGGAGAAUCACUCCAGGCGAGAUGUCUUCGAGAAAUUGCAGCAGUAUUCCUUCCCACUCGCCCACAAACUCCCACUUUUUGCCUUUGAGUACUUUGAAACAUUUCCAGAAAAUGGCUGGACUGUCUAUGAACCCAUCGCUGAACUCAAACGCAUGGGAGUCAACAAUGACAUGUGGAAAAUAUCAAAAAUCAAUGAUACCUACAGUCUCUGUGAUAGUUACCCAGCGAUUUGGGCAGUGCCAGCAGCAGCAACAGAUGAGGAUCUUCAGGCCUCUGCGUUAUUCAGGAGUCGUGGAAGACUACCAGUUCUAUCCUGGAUUCAUCCUGAGAGUCAAGCAACAAUAACACGUUGUGCUCAGCCCCUGGUUGGUGUAAGUGGCAAACGUAGUCGUGAGGAUGAACGAUAUGUUCAGCUGAUAAUGGAUGCCAAUGCUCAGAGUCAUAAAUUAUUUAUUAUGGAUGCGAGACCAAUGACCAACGCUAUCGCCAACAUAGCCAAGGGCGGUGGCUACGAGGAUGAAGAUACUUAUCAAAAUGCUGAAUUAGUUUUUCUGGAUAUUCCUAAUAUACACGUGAUGAGGGAGAGUCUUCGAAAAUUGAAGGAACUCUGUUUUCCAACGAUCAACGAAGCCAGAUGGCUGUCAGGACUCGAGUCUACAGUCUGGUUGAAACAUAUUAAAUGCAUUCUUGCUGGAGCUGUGAGGAUAGUGGAUAAAGUGGAGAAUCACAAGACCUCGGUGUUAGUUCACUGCUCUGAUGGAUGGGACAGGACUGUUCAGCUCACUGCUUUGGCGAUGCUCAUGCUCGAUCCUUACUACAGGACAAUCAGAGGAUUUGAGGUGCUCAUCGAGAAGGAGUGGCUCAGCUUUGGCCACAAGUUUGAGCAGAGAAUCGGUCAUGGGGAUGAGCAUCACAGCGAUGCUGAUCGUUCACCUGUUUUUCUACAGUUUAUCGACUGCGUCUGGCAAAUUAGCCAGCAAUUCCC